AUGGCAGAACCUAUAGGCGUGGCUUCCGGGCUGCUGACUUUGGCUACCUUCGCCUUCCAGUCUAGCAUCGCGCUUUACCAGACGGUCCAGAGUUUUCAAUUUCACCCCAAACGCGUCCGCGACCUCGAAGACGAGCUAGAGGCAUUGAGCGGGGUUCUGGGCUCGCUCACCGAGACAGUCAGUGCCACUACUGACGAAAUCACGAAGUGUUCGUCCCGAUCCGGUGGCAGUCGGACCAGCUUCCGAGACUGGGCCAAAUUGAGGUACAUGGGUGACGACAUCGACGGUUUCAGGCAACUCUUAGCUGGAUACAAGUCUACCAUCAUUAUUGCCCUCACCGACGCAAGCCUACGCAAAUCCUCCGUUACGGCCGAGAGCGUCAAGAUCUAUAGAGACCUCAUAAAGACUGCCACUGAUGAUCUCGAUGCGCAUCUUCAAAGCAUCGAUGAGAAGCUCGAGACUGUAUUUGGACACACUGUGGCGGAGUCCGACUUGGAUACAACAGAACUGCGACUCAUGAAGGAGGAGCGGAUGAGCACGCAAAAGUGCCUCCAAAUCUGUGCCCAGCUGUCUGACCAUAUCGAUCAGAUCCAGCUCACGACUCGGCUCAGUGGCUCUCCAGGAUCCAUGGAUCCAGAAGAUGCGGUACCCGAAAGACUCACUACUGAGGGCCUGCAGGAGUGCAAGAAUAGCCUCGCUCUUACGGCCGCGAAGUUGGAAGGGUAUAUGAAAGAUCUUAUCGACCGAUUAGUGGCAAAAUCGAGGACAGCUAUGACUUCAGAGGAGGAACUUGCGGAUCUUACAAGGCUGCGGGACGAGUGGGAGACGGCCCGCCAGUGUAUAGGGAUCUGCUCCAAAGCAGGCGUCCACUUGAAGGAAAACAUUACCACCAUUGACAACUACGCUACAGGCGACGCUAUACAGUUCAUGGUUUCUACUGACGGGAAGGUCGUCCACGGUAAAAACCGAGGACUUGGGUGGAGAACCAGGCAGGUCGGAGGCCACCUCAGUGAUGUCUCGCUCCAGCAGUUAUCAAGGGACAUGUCAAGCCUCAGGGUCGAGAAUACGGGGACUGAGGACCUGUCUUCGCGAAGCAAUACGGAGAGACCAAUAGAGACGCAGACAGAAGCGAGGGGUCAUUUCGAGGGGCGGUACGGAGUGGGACUCAAGCUUACUUCGCCCCACUCGGAAGGUGCGAUAGCUAAGAGAGGGUUCGACUGAGUUGGAGGAUGCCAAGGAUGGUCUUGCCUAAGAUUUGUGUGAGGGUUUGAGUCAAGGUGUACAUUGUAGGUUAGACGUAGCACGAGGAAUUAAAGGAAGAAAGAAGGCUUCUUUCAUCUCCCAAUCCGUCUCGACUCUCCGCUCCCUCGCCAGCUCGCGAUAUCCCACCCGUGUGUAUGUCCCAUUCACGCGUGCACAGCCGUCUCGUACAGAUGCAACCCUUGCAGUACCAUGCCCACAGACAGGCGCCGUACAGAUUCGUCAGGUAGUCG